AUGGAGACUGCAUUUGACACAAAGGAGGUUGACGAACAACAGACCAGUGGUCCCAAACGACGCAGCACAGCAGCCCGGCCCAGCCGAAUUGCCCGAGAUAAGAAGAAAGCUCAAAACAAAGCAGCGCAGAAAAGUUUCAGAGAGAAGAAAGAGCAGCAUUUACAUUACCUAGAAUCGUUCGUUGAGGCUGUCAAGUCAACGCAGAAUGACGAUGCGAACGACGGUAAUCAGCAACUUUUACGAGCUCAUUUACAGCUACUUGAAGACUACCGACGACUUCACCAGUCGUACGUUAAACUUCGCCAAAAGUUAAAAAGCAUCGGCCAGUCCGCGCUAAUUGCUGCUGAUGAUGAUUCAUUUGAUGAAGCGGAAAGGGCCGUGGAAAAAUACAGUGAUGAUACGGCGGGAGCUCGGUCAAAUGCAGAGCUGCCUACUCACACUGGUAGCCCAUUGGAUAUCACCCAGAGCAACUCUUUGGCCAGUCAACCACUGGAUGCACCUUUUGUGGGACUGGAGACAGCGAGUGAUAACCAGCCUAUGAUCGACCAACUAGGAAGACCUAAUGCCUUGGCUCAAGGCUUUAUGAAUAUACGAGAUAUCAGCCUCCCAGGACUCUCCCCUCUGAACGAUACUGUCAACGUCGUCAACUCUAAAUCCCUAUUUGCAGACAAGGUUGAAGGGGCUUGCAAGCAAUUCUUGUCCCAGAUCCCUCAAAAUAUCGUAGAUUGGAAGGACUUGUGGUUGAACCCAUUGGAAAUCAAGAAUAGCCUUGCUUCUGUCGCAAUAAGGCUGAUAAGCGAGCUAUCCGGACUCGGAAUUUUGAUCUAUGGCUCGGACUUUCAUAGAUCUCUUCAACGCAUACUGUUUUGGAGACUCUCCAAUAAUUUGGAAUCCAAACUAGGAGUUCCAGAACCGUUUCAACCAACACCUCUCCAGUACUCUCUGAUGAAUUACCCAGUUAUUAUUGAUUUCAUUCCCUGGGCUUCUAUAAGAGAUCAGUUAAUCCUUUCUAGGCAUAUACUUGAUCUGGAUGUG